AUGAGGAAGACUCCUUCACGAAAUAACGGCAUUAGAUAUCAAACUUCCGGAACCAAGUUUGGUAAUAAAGGAACGACUUUAAUUGUGCGAAACCAAAGGACGACUCUUCGAAGAAAAAGUCUUUCAAUCGAAUUAGCUAACGACAAAUGGAUUGAAUAUACACAGAAAUCUCUUACUGUGACAAGAAAAAAGGCGGAGAAAGAUAAGAAACCAAUUCUCAUUUACUCAUAUGGACAUACUUUACUUAAAACUAAACAGAAUUCAAGAAGCUACAAUGAAACUUCAAUAUUAGCAACCAUCCACAACGAAAAGAAGAUUCUUUAUUCUACAGUAAUCAAAAGCGCAAUCAAAACAAAGAAGACCGUAUAUCCCACACUGAACACUCGAAUGCAACGUUUCAAGGAGAUAAAGAAAUUCACGAAUUGUCUGAAGGCACAUCAAGGCGAAGAAUGUAAAAGAAAGACAGACGAAGAAGUUAACAAAUUGGAAGAUUGUUCAACUAAUUACAACCUGACAAUGAUGACUCAAACAAACAAGCUAAAGAAACUAUAUAAGGAGAUAACUAUAUUUAACCCAUUACAGCCAGAACGAACAGAAGAAGUAUUAGCACUAUUUGACAAUGGGUCACAAUUAUCUUUCAUAUCAAAGGAACUAGUUCAGCGGCUAGAGUUAACAGAAACUAAUGAACAAGAACUAAGCUCUUUUCGAAACCCAAAAUCACAUAGAGCCACUCAAGCGCAGCUCAGUAUGAAGAUUAUCGAAAUAUGCGCUAAUGUACUCGAAUAUUUGACCAAGGACUUUCAUAUUGUUAAAAUACCGACGGCCAAUCAAACAAUGAAUUUAAAAAAUUAUUGGAGACGAGCCGAUAUUUUAAUUGGAGCGGAUCAUUUAUUCAAAUUUAUAGAAUUGAAUAAAAUUGAAUUACUAGAAUCCGGAUUCUCAUUAAUUCAUACGAAAGUUGGAUCAAUGUGGGAAGUGGCGACAAGGAUCAACUUUAUCAAAAAGGGUACUUCUCGAAGGCGACAUUUGCAUAGAUUAGAUUUAUGCAAUUAUAGGCUGGCAUUUCAUGUUGCUAAGCAUGUCAUUACUGUUGAAACAACGUCCUUUGUGAACAUUCCAAUAUCGGAAAUCUGA